AUGACAGGCACCGACGCGGCGGACGAGGGUGGGACGUCGCCUGAGGCUGGUCGCGUCGAGACCAAUCGCAUGCUGGCGCGCAAGCAGCUUCGUGCGAUGGCGACGGCACGCGCUAGUCCCGGCGGUCCUUCGUCCGUCCGUGACGCCACCGCUCGAGCGCCAGCCGCCGUCACGACGCCAGCACGGCCUACAGCGCCUGCAGCGCUCCCUCGCGACAAGGCGCUCGGCGACUAUAUUGAGUUUGAUUUAACGCGGCUGCACAAUUCGAAAGGUGGUUUCCUCGUUGAUGAGAAUGAAGGCCAAGACGCCUUGCAAGCGCUUGAAGAGCAGCGGAAAGAGCGCGAGCGUGAGAAGCAGCGUAUGCGAGAUCAAAUGGAGCCUGGUAUUCGAUUGGAUCCUACGUCACGUCCAGUGUGUGAGAUGUGCCAGUCUCCUGAUAUCAUGUACGAUCCAUUCUUGCGUGUAUUCAACGUUUGCGUGUGUCGCGAAUGCGAGCGGCAACAUCCGGAAAAGUAUAGCUUGCUGACCAAGACCGAGGUCAAAGAGGAUUACUUGUUAACUGAUGGUGUGUGGCGUAUACGACUUACCGCAGCCGAACUGGCCGAUGGCGAAUUGCUCCCGCAUCUUCUGAAGAAGAAUCCACACAAAUCUACCUACAGCAACAUGAUGCUAUUUAUGCGAUGCCAGGUCGAAGCAUACGCCUUCUCCGAUGCCAAGUGGAAGUCACCGGAAGGACUUGAUGCCGAGUACCAUCGCCGCAACGAGGAACGCGCACGCAAACGCACACGUCGCUUUCAGCAAGGUCUCGAGCGGUUACGAAAGCGCACAAUUCGCGACAACCUGUGGCAGCAGCGCAAGGACGCUGAACAUGUGCACGAAUGGGCCCAACUUGGACCUACCCAGCAGCAAUGCCGCGGAUGUGGUCAGCGUAUCACCGUGGAAGAGUUGUAA